AUGGCUUUCGCCAAUGUCUACGGUGCUGUGUCGAUCUGCCGUGUAAUGCUGCCUGCACCCACCUCCGUUCGGACUUACGGAGAUCUGGGCGAGUGGGCCAUGAGAAAACCUGGCCGCUACAUCACGGUCGUCGUUCAGGUAACAGGCUGCUUGAUCGUACCGUGCGCGUUUUUGGUGCUCGGUGGGACCCUGUUGGAUGGUAUCUUCCCAGACGCUUUCACUACGACGACGUGGUCAGCUCUCAUGGCUCUCACAAUCACGUCGGUGUGUCUCGUGCCUACACUUAAGGAAGGAGCUGCAUUGCGUUUGUAG